AGAACGCGAGACGGCAGAAGACCGACUGUACUGUCCACCGCCUGUCCACAGAAACACAUUUCCUAUGACCGUAAUUGACUAUAAUACUGAUAGUCUUAAUCUCAAACGAUGAGAAAAGACUGCGCUUAUCCCUGCCUCGGAAUGGCAGUUUACGGAUAAACAUCACCGGUUCAAUGGCCGCCGCCGCGGGGAGCGAAGCCCGUACGACCGGCCCUAGUGAGGGGGCAGUGGGGGGAAAACCAGGGGCACGGCCUCCAAUCCCCCCGUAUACCCUUUCAUCGGCAACUACCACUGCCUCCCCGGGACCUCUGAUGGUGGAAUCGGUGGAUGAUGCAGAGGGGCUGUACGUCGCGGUGGAGCGGUGCCCCCUUUGUAAUACAGCCCGUCGCAGGCUUACUUGUGCCCGCUGUAUUCAGGCAGGCGAUUUCGUUUAUUUUGAUGGUAGAGACCCUGAACGGUACACUGAAAAAUUUGAGAGACUGAAAAAUCUGAAAAAUGAAAAGGAAGACCUACAGCAAAGAGUUAUCAAAGCCAUGGACAGAAAGAUUCAGACUGAUCAGCUUAAGUGGAAGAUCAUGUCGUGCAGGAUGAAAAUCGAGCAGCUGAAAGAGGCCAUCCUCAGUGGGCAGGAGGAGGUGAAGUGUGGUAAGGACCUGCUCCUGCGUUCCCAAGAGGAAGGCCAGAGGCUGCACCGCAGAGCCAACCGGCACCAGGACAAGAAGGAGAAGAUCGAGCGGCACAACCGGCGCCUGGGCGAGCUGCUGGAGAAGAGGGGCCGGGAGCUGCAGGGCCGCCUGGAGCAGCUGGCAGAAAUCCGCCGGGGACACAUCCUGGAGCUCACCACCCACAUCUUCCCCAUGCAGGAGGAGAAGCUGGGCACCAGGGACCCAGCAGAUGUGGUGGCGGAAUGUGACUCUGCCCUGACCUCCAGCACGGUCAGCGAGCUGGCCGAGGCUCGGCGGACCACCUACCUGUCAGGCCGCUGGAUCUGGGACGACCAGAACGGCGAAACCAGCAUCAGCAUCACAGGCCCGCGAGUCACGCUGCCUAGCAACGGGGACUGCUCCGCCUACUACAGCUGGGUGGAGGAGAAGAGAACCAGCCAGGGUCCUGAGCUGGACCAUAUUAAUCCCGCCCACACCAUCAGUACUGCCCUGUGUUACGCCACCCAGCUCGUCACCAUCCUGUCCCAUAUCCUGGAUGUCAACCUUCCCAAGAAACUUUGCAACAGCGAGUUCUGUGGGGAGAAUCUGAGCAGGUACAGGUUCACCCGGGCCAUCACCAAGCUCAACACCAACAUCCUGCACCUCUGCUUCUCCCAGCACGUAGACAGCGAGCUGCUUCAUCCCCACCACACUCUCAGGAACAUCAUGUUUCUGGUUGCCCCCGAUAACAAGAACCUGGGCAGGACGGGCCCGUUCGAGGUCAGCGCCGAUCUGGAGGACUCCAUGGAGUUCGUGGAGCCGGAGGCGGCGGGGCCGGCCGAGGAGAGCGGGGACGAGGCGGUGUCCGACGAGGAGACGGACCUGGGCACCGACUGGGAGACGGUCCCCAGCCCGCGCUUCUGCGACAUCCCCUCCCAGCCCAUGGAGCUGUCCCAGAGCGCCGCCCUGCAGGCCUCGCAGCCCGGCGCCAACGCGGGGGGCAUGAUCUCCUCCGCCGCGGCGUCCGUCACCUCCUGGUUCCGCGCCUACACCGGCCAGCGCUGAGGGGCCUCCUGCACCCCGGCCAGCCCGCCAUUCAUAAAGGGAGCUCCGUGCGGGCAGGUGCAUGUCUGUAUGCGUGUGGGGGACUCGGGCUUGGAAGUCUCUCUUUUUAUAUAAAGGCUGUUCUUUUAAAAUAGUUCUGAUUUCUGCAGAUGGUUAUUACACACUUGAAUUUUUUCCUGGAUUAAAAGAGAAUGAAACAAAAUGGGACACCGUUGUGUGUAAAUGACAGUUGUUGGUGCUGCAGGGGCCACCCUUGGUCUGGAACUUGAGGUGGAGAUGGUUUUGUGUCAUUGGGGGGAGGAGUCAUCUUGCAAGGUGCUUGCGAUAUGUUCCUGUUUGUCAACCUGAAAUUUCUUUGUUCUUUUCAGAAGAUGAAAAUGACUCACAACAUUCAUAUUAUCUUUUUAAAAUUUUUUUUUUUUACUACACUUUCCGGAAAGCCUGUUGUCUGUGUGCAUGCUUCUGCAAGAGGGACAGGACAUAGGGAUGACACACCUGACAAUUAGACAAAGCCUGCGAGGUGAUGUUCGUAGCACACUCAGAUGGCGUGCCUCCCAAGAGAAGGGGGCAUUGUGGAGCAAAAUGGAAUUUUUUAAAUUAAGAGUCCAUUUUAUUUUCUGUGUGCUGUUAGUUUAUCAUGGAUAACUACUACUGACCUACUACGGUAUGGCAACCAUGAGUGAGAUAGGUUUUCAGGAAAGACCCCCCCCCCACCACCACCACCACAGCAGCUGGUAGAAAUGCUGAAAUGCUAACCUCCAAACACUGACAAUGACAUCUGGAUUACUGUUGGACGCAGCCUGUCUGGACCCCCUGACACAUUUUUAGGUCGUUUUAGGUUUUUUUUUUUUUUUUCUCUGUGUGUCUUCUACUGCUGAGGAAUUUUUAAACUGAAGUAUUUGACAACUGUGACCUUAUGCAGAUUUCACUCAUGGUUUCACAAGCAAUACUUUGGAUGGGACGUUAAGAUUUGAAAGGCCGCUUGCGUGCAUGUCACAGAGGUAACUGCAGCUUGUGUGUAGAGGAGCCGAGCGAUACAAGCGGACUAACUGUAUUCCCCAUCUAAUGGAUGUUGAUAUAAAUGGAAAUGUUAUUUACAACGUUUCCAGAAAAUGGGUGAUUUUGACAUUGUAUAGUUCUUAUACAAUUUAUCUGCUGCCAUAAAAUGUCUGAUUUGAAUGUG